GCGGGUCAGGAGGACGCCGCUUAGUAGUUACUAAGCGUUAAUAGUUGACAUGUAAGCAAGCUAAUGUUCUACUCUGCUGGCCAAUUUGUGGCUAGUUUGACGCUUUAACAAGUCCAAACAUUCCCGCAUGGUGUAUUUUGGAGCAACAUAUCGGAACAGACACUUAAAUUGGGCGUGUUUAUACCUCCUGCCUACCUCGCAGAUUGUGUGUGCUCAUCUCCACCUCAGAUUAUCAUCCCAACCCAACACAUGUUCUAAGCAGCUCCUACAUGCCCAAUACUUCAGACGGUCCCACAGAACCAUCAGUAAUGCAGAGACCCACUCAUGGCGAGAAGGAAGAGGACUGUCGCCUCAUCGGCUCCCUCGCCCGUGAAGCGGGCGUAGCUCGUCGGGCGUCCAGCGGUGAGCUGCUCCUCCCCCGAACCUUCCCGGUCACUCACUCCCGGGAGAAGUUCUACACGGUCUGCUCGGACUACGCCCUCCUCAACCAGGCGGCGGCGGUGGUGGGGAAACAGGACGACGGGCUGGCGGCGCCCAAGCCGCAGGCCGCGGGUAGCGUUGCGGUGUCUGAUGGAGACUGUGAGAUGGAGGACGUGACCUCUGCUGACGUGAAGACCACCCUGGCGUGGGAGAUAGACACCAGCGACUUCAAGGCGGUGCUCACAAGAAAAAUUAGAACAGGCAACGUGAAGAAGUGCAGCACCAAGAAGCUGAAGUCGGACCGACCCAGCCGUAAUCUGCAGGACAUCCCGCCUCAUGCCUCGCUGGAGGACGUCAAACAAAGGAAAGUUCUGGACCUCAGACGCUGGUACUGUAUCAGUCGGCCGCAGUACAAGACGUCAUGUGGGAUCUCGUCGCUGGUGUCGUGUUGGAACUUCCUGUACAGCACCCUGGGCGCAGGAAGCCUGCCGCCCAUCUCUCAAGAGGAAGCGCUGCACAUCCUAGGCUACCAGCCGCCUUUCGACGACAUCAAGUUCGGGCCGUUCACGGGAAACGCCACGCUUAUGCGGUGGUUCCGGCAAAUCAACGACAACUUCCGUGUGCGAGGCUGCUCGUACAUCCUGUACAAACCGCACGGCAAACACAAGACAGCGGGAGAAACAGCGGAGGGAGCGUUGCUGAAGCUGACCCAGGGCCUGAAGGACAGCUCCAUGGCGUACAUCUACCACUGCCAGAACCACUACUGUUGCCCUGUGGGCUUUGAGGCCACACCCCUCAAAGCAGCCAAGGCCUACAGAGGUCCUCUGCCCACCAGUGAGAUGGAGCACUGGAUCCUGAUUGGAGAACCCAGCAGGAAGCAUGCAGCUAUCCACUGUAAAAAGUGGUUGGACAUCGUGACCGACCUCAACACCCAGAAUCCAGAAUACCUGGACAUUCGCCAUAUGGAGAAGGGCAUCCAGAGGCGCACCACCAAAAAGGUGGGCGGCAACCUGCACUGCAUCAUGGCCUUCCAGAGGGUCAAUUGGCAGAAGCUGGGCCCCUGGGCUCUCAAUCUGGAGAACCUUCGUCACGACACAGAUGAAGCGGAGGGGAGGACGUCUGCCAAGCGCCUGGUCCAGCUGGGACGAUCGCACAGCAUGGGCAGUCAGAAAGACGCCACUUGGAGGCGCCUGCCUAACACCGCAGAGAACAGACAGAGGAGCUCCCCUGACAGCGACCUGGAGGAGGACGAGAUGGACUGAAUCCCCCACAUCGACCCGACAGGAAGGCGCAGCUGUCAAGAAGCCCCGUUAACAGAGUCCACUUGUAAUACCACCUCCAUCCAGAGGCGGCAGUGGCGUGAAGUAUCCGUAAAAGUGCAGUGACAUCAUCAUCUUGGGACUAUUUUUCUCUAGUGGUGAAAUACAAGUUUGAUGUAUUUGUAUCAAGUUGUUACAUGAUAGUACUAUUUAUUUGUACAUAAACGAGACGCAAUGUCACCUUACAGCCUACUUUUUACCAUUCUUUUGUCUUUGUAGACUAAAAAAACAAUGUACAACCUACUUAGUUGUAUUUAGUAGUAUAUAUAGUAUUUUUCCAUCAUUGUUUAUAGUGACCACCAGACCUAUUUUUCCUCACUGGUGACAUCACUGUACACGUACACGUGUGUUUGCUGUUCAUUUAUUUUCCAAUAAAUCACAUCUGAGGCCAUUA